AAAGUGGGGAUAUUGUAACCUAUAGAGUUCAGCAUGUACAUGAUCAAAAUCUAAGGUCACCUUCAGACGACAAAACCAAGUGCAGGUGAUAUUUUGACAGCUAAAAGUUAAUUUAAAAUAAAAAAAGUAUCAUCUACUUGUUUAUUAAAUAAAUAAUUUAUUUUAUUGUUGACACAGUGUUAUUGUGACAUCACUUGACAAACUUGUGAUCAAUUGUGCUUGACAUACCUUGAACUUAAUACAGUUAAAAUAAAUUUAUAUAUAGUCUAAAUUUGUGAACUUGGCUGAUCAAAAAUUCAUUGGCAUCUAAAAAAAAAAAAUAAAAAAUAAAAAAAAAAUAUCUAUUUAGUUGUCAAGAAAAAAGCAAACAAAUGACGUACGUUGGGGAGAAAAAUUUUCUACAAUACACUCGUGCUGAUAGCAUGGCAGAUACAUUUAAAAAUACCAUGGCUGAUGAACAAGCUGCAACAAAAUUUAUAAGACCAGGAAGUCACAAAGGCAAAGGUCUUGCUGUAUUUACAAGUGGUGGUGAUUCUCAAGGUAUGAAUGCUGCUGUACGAGCUGUUGUUAGAAUGGGAAUAUAUCUUGGAUGUAAAGUUUUUUUUAUAAAAGAAGGCUAUCAAGGAAUGGUUGAUGGUGGUGAACAUAUUGUUGAAGCAACAUGGUCAUCAGUAUCAUGUAUUAUUCAUCGGGGUGGUACUGUUAUUGGAUCAGCAAGAUGUAAAGAAUUUCGUGAACGUGAAGGUCGUAGAAAAGCUGCUAAAAAUCUUGUUCUUCGUGGAAUAUCAAAUUUAGUUGUUAUUGGUGGUGAUGGUUCAUUGACUGGUGCUAAUUUAUUUAAAGAAGAAUAUGCUGAUCUUUUAAAAGAAUUACUAACAGCUGGUGAAAUAACUGCUGAACAAGUUGAAAAAUAUGGACAUUUACAUAUUGUUGGAAUGGUUGGUUCAAUUGACAAUGAUUUUUGUGGUACUGAUAUGACAAUUGGUACUGAUUCAGCACUUCAUAGAAUUAUUGAAAGUAUUGAUGCAAUUGUUAGUACAGCAUAUUCACAUCAACGUACAUUUAUUAUGGAAGUUAUGGGUCGUCAUUGUGGCUACCUGGCUCUAGUAGCAGCUAUGUGUUCAGAAGCAGACUUUGUCUUCAUUCCUGAGUGGCCACCUGAAGGUGACUGGCCAAACAAGCUCUGCAAAAAAUUAUUGCAGGAACGUUUGACUGGUCAACGUUUAAAUAUAAUAAUUGUUGCUGAGGGUGCAGUUGAUAGAAGUGGUGAUCCAAUAACAGCUGAUAAAGUUAAACAAGUUGUUGUUGAUAAAUUACAACAAGACACAAGAAUAACAGUACUUGGUCAUGUACAACGUGGUGGUAAUCCAUCAGCAUUUGAUAGAGUAUUAGGUUGUAGAAUGGGUGCUGAAGCUGUUAUGGCAUUAAUGGAAGCAACACCAGAUACUGAAGCUUGUGUUGUUACACUUGAUGGUAAUCAAGCUGUUCGUUUACCACUUAUGGAAUGUGUACGUCGUACUAAAGCUGUUGCACAAGCUAUGGCUGAUAAAAAUUGGGAUCUUGCUGUACAACUACGUGGAAAGGGCUUUGCACGUAAUUUGGAAACUUACAAAAUGUUGACACGUUUGAAGGCACCUAUUGGUGUGCUUGAAGGUGUCAAGGAACCCAACACCCCCAUAUUUACAAAGCAAUACACGAUGUGUGGUCAAGAUCAUUAUACCCUAGCAGUGAUGCACGUUGGUUCACCAUCAUGUGGUAUGAAUGCAGCUGUUCGUUCAUUUGUUAGAAAUUGUAUAUAUCGUGGUGACAAAGUAUACGGUAUAUGUGAUGGUGUUAUGGGUUUAAUGGCUGGUAAAUUAAAAUUAAUGGAUUGGUCAUCAGUAACUGGUUGGGUUGCACAAGGUGGUGCUUAUCUUGGUACAAAACGUGCACCACCAACAGAUGCACAAUUACCACAAAUAGCAACAAGACUCAAAGAAUUUGGUAUACAAGCAUUAUUAAUGAUUGGAGGAUUUGAAGGCUAUCAAACUGGUUUAACAUUUUUAUCAGCACGUGAAAAAUAUCCAGAAUUUAAAAUACCAAUUGCAAUGAUACCAGCAACAAUUAGUAAUAAUGUACCUGGUACUGAAUUUUCACUUGGUUGUGAUACAGCAUUAAAUGAAAUAACUGAAAUAUGUGAUAGAAUACGUCAAUCAGCACAAGGUACUAAAAGACGUGUAUUUAUUAUUGAAACAAUGGGUGGUUAUUGUGGUUAUUUAGCAACACUUGCUGGUCUUGCUGGUGGUGCUGAUGCAGCAUAUAUAUUUGAAGAAAAAUUUAAUAUUAAAGAUUUAAAUCAAGAUGUUGUUGCAAUGGCUGCUAAAAUGUCAGAGGGUGUACAACGUGGUUUAAUAUUGAGAAAUGAAAGUUCAAAUUUAAAUUAUAAUACUGAUUUUAUGCAACGUUUAUUUAGUGAAGAAGGAAAAGGUUUAUUUAGUUGUCGUUCAAAUAUCAUUGGACAUAUGCAACAAGGUGGUUCACCAACACCAUUUGAUCGUAAUUUGGGUACUAAAAUGGGAGCUAAAGCUGUUGAAUGGUUUAGUGAACAAUUAAAAAAACAUACUGAUAGUGAAGGUAUUACUAUUGCUGAUACACCUGAUACUGCUGUUAUGCUUGGUAUCAUUAAACGACAAUACAGAUAUACACCAUUUUCUGAACUCAAUGAUCAUACUGAUUACGAUCAUCGUAUUCCAACUUAUCAAUGGUGGAUGAAACUUCGUCCAUUGUUGAAAGUUCUUGCUAAGCAUGAAUCGACAUAUGAAGAGGAAGGUCUUUAUAUUACUGUUGAAGAAAUGGAAUUGGAUAAUGAUCCUCUAGUUUAAUUUAAAUAUAUUUAAUAAAUGAAUAAAUAAAUCGUAAAAUAAUAAAGAAAAUACAAAAAGGUAAAUUUAGUCAUAAUGAUUUUCAGUAAUUAAAGAGUGAUACAAAAAUUAUUGAGUGAAUAAAUAAAUUUUACAAUAAACAGUAUUCAAUAUUAAAUGAAGCAAAUAGGGUUUUUUUUUUUGAAAUAUAAAAUAAUUAUUUUAUUUUAAAUAAAAUAAACGCAGUUUUAAAUUUAAUUUUUCGAACAAAAAAAAAUAGUUACAUAUUGUUGGUGUAUUUGUCUUGAUUUGUGUUUUGAAAUUUUUUUUGUUUUUUUUUUCAAAUUCAUUAAUGAAGUUGAUAUAUAAUUUAAAUGGUAAUUUUAAUAAUUAAAAAAAGUUUAUUUUUUAAAUUGGUUUUUUUUUUUUUGAGUUAAUUAUUGAGCGUUACUUGAAAAAUAAGUAAAAGCUGCCUGGAGAAUAUACUCGUCUACCUCACAACAAUAAAAAAAGAAAACAAAAAGUGUUAGCAAAAAUUAAAAUAAUAAAAUUCAAUUUAUUAUUAAUAUUUAAAACUUGUUAAAUAUUAAUUUAUAAAAUAAAAAUUUCACAUUUUACAUGCAAAAAUAAAUAAAUGUUAGUUUAAAUAAAAAUUAUCACUCGAUAAUUAUUUAAAAAUUAUGUGAUUUUAUCGUUGUUGUAACUCUAGGCACAAAUACACCAAAGCAAUUAUUUUUUCUUAAUUAUUUUCAUCGACAAUUA